AUGACCGAUGUCAAAGCAUUGUUGGACAUUGAAAAAACUGUAUUUCAACAAGCAUAUUUCUUUGGUGAUAGAAUAACAAACUCACCUUUUGCGGCCCAAAUAUUUGGAAAUUCCAGCAUAGAGAAUUGUGAAAAUAAUAGUGCAAUUGCAGAACACAUGGCAAAGAUUGGUGAAAAAAAUCAUCGUCAUAGAACCAAUAAAAUUAUUACCCCAAACCUUUGGUCCGCUUAUAAAACUUCAAUGUUGUCCUAUCAGCAACUAUUAUAG